UCGUGCCCGAGGGUAAGCCAGCCGACGUCCUGCCCAGCCCACACACGACCCACGGAUCCGGACACGGCGAGCGGGCGAUUCGCAGCGGGUGAUUCGAACGCGUUUGUUCUUGGGGGCGUGAGAAGUGAGGGGUCGGUGGUGGAGCUUGGGGGUGUGACUGAGUGUGUCUCUGUGGAGCUUUUCUGGGUGGCUUGGUGGAGCUCUCUUGGGUGGCCUGGACGCCUCUCUUGGUCGGCGACGAAGCGUUUCCGAAGACUGAGGAUUUCCAGGAGGAGGCGAUAAGGAUGGCGUUCAGGCUGUGGCUCUCGGCUUCGGUCCUCUGCUGGCUGGGAGGAGGUGCCGGUGCCAUCAAGAUCCCUCUGGGGGAUCUCCUGAACCUGAACAGCUACGACGGCGCCCUUCGACCCAACACGCACGCAGGUCCAACACACAUCAACGUCACUCUCUUCAUUGACUCCAUCAGUGUUGAUGAUAAAAAGCAGGUGAUCGGGAUCUCGGGCGAACUGCUUCAGGAAUGGAUGGACCAGAACCUGCAGUUUCAGUUCCAAGGCUCAAGUUUCCUCACGUCUGUGGGGCUUUCAGGAGUUUCCGGGGCGAGCAUCCUGAGUCAGGUGUGGCGGCCGGACCUGGUGGCGGGGAAGGAACUGAAGGCCAAAGAACCCAGCUCGAGCCUUGAAUUCCUCAGGAUCAAGAACGACGGCCAUGUGGUUUGGACGCAGAGAGUCCAUUAUUCGUUCCCGUGCCACCUCGACCUUCAAGUCUAUCCUCUUGGCAGUCACAAGUGUAUCUUGAAACUACAUAGCUUGGGCUACGAGUCAAACGAGCUACAGCCUCAGUGGAAGGAGGAUACGACCAUUGACUACAGUUCGGUCGUUAUGUCUCACGGCUACAGGCUUAAGGGGACCAAGCGAAGUGCCAAGUCUGUUGUCAUUGGCCAUAGACCACAGAGGGAGUUGCAGAUGGAGUUCGAUAUUGAGUCGUCAGGAGGCUGGACUGUCAAGCACACUGUCAUACCUCUUGUGGCUACUGUCACGUGCGCCUACCUCGCCUUCUUCAUCAACAUUAGAGGAGUCUGCGCCAGGAUGAUUACUUGCAUGAUGUCCCUUGUCACGGCAGCUAUUUUCCACGAGAGCACCUACAGGAACGUCCCUCCGUCAGCCCAAACUAUGGCGGUGGAGGUGUUCACAGGGACGUGCCUCACCUUCAUCUUCGUGGCCACCGUCGAGAGCGUCGUCGUGGACGUCCUGGCGCACCUGCCCACCAAGGGACGCCGCUCGCCGCCCUCCUCGUCCUUUGCUCUGGAGGUCAGAAAAGACGGGAGGCCUGACCUGAUGGAGGAGAGGUCGGGCCACAAGGGCCCCGUGGCCGCCCUGUGGCUGGACCGCUGCUUCCGCGUCCUCUACCCCGCCAGCUUCCUCGCCUUCAACGCCGUCUACUGGGUUCUCUACAACUAAGUUUGGCUUCCGGGGCGCCACGGAGGGAGAGAGGGAAUUCCCUGCAACAUCAGCUGGAACUUAACUUAGAGAGUGACUUAAGUUUAUACUUUUACGAAGAUUUAUAGGAGCAGAGAAAGACUUGAAAAUGUGUCUAAAGGAAUACGUCGUUUUGAGGAUUUUUUUUUUUUUUUUUUUUUUUUUUUUUUUUGCGGAGGGCGACUCUGUAACUCGUAAAAAUUAUGCAAGUUAGGACUAUUUAAUUUCUUUUUUUUUCGUCACUUUACUUCUGAAUUUCUUCUCUUCUGUUUUAUUUUACGCUACUGACACAGUACGUCCUUUACUUACCUCUAAGUAUUCUACGGGAAAUUGAGUUUUGAGUUUACCUUCAUUAUUCAUAUAUAUAUAAUUUUUUUUGAUGAAAUAUCGUCCGAAACACUGUAAGGAAACAUGGUCCAUAUCUCCUGUAAACAAAUGUCAUUUUAGAAUAAGUGCUUGAGGGUUGUAAAGAGUAUAUAGUAACGCUAAAGUAAGUCGUAAGAAAAAAUAGAUAACAUAUUGUUUUGUUUUCGUCCAUAAGAGGGCGGGACGACUGUGAAUGGAAUUAAGGAAAUCCUUAUUCAGAUGAAAAAAAAAAAUAGUCUGAUUUUGUAUAAAUUGUCCAUGGUCUUCAGUAUUUUUUUUUGUUAAUUUGUUUUAUAUGCAAAUCCAUUAUACUCCGCUACGUUAUUGUCACUUAAAAUAACAUCAGUGCAACGGAGUAAACAGUGAAACUCUCGGUCUUCUGUGAGAGGAAAGGCAUCCUUUAAUACAACUUAAAACAUUGAUCUCCCUCGCCGAUUCAUUUAAUUAAUUCUAAUCCCCUAAAUUACCUAAUUCAUUUUAUAUCAUUAUUAUUAGUAUUUUUUUAUUAUUUUUUUAUUUAUUAUUAUUAUUUUUUUUGUGUUGUGACAAACUGACAAAACCUUGUUUCAUUUUCCCCAAGUUUCUCUUAGUGUUAUCUGUACGUAUUGUGAAAUGGUUCGAUUCUCUGUCAUUGUUAUCGGCGUGGAACAACAGAUACGCUUUUGUUUGUACGACGGAGUUUAAGUGAAUGUAUUUUGCGAUUUAUAACGUCACUGAAACACAUCCAAAACGUACGAUAAAUGGUCACUUUCAAAAGGCAAUAUUGGACUUAUGAUCAAACCGAAACAAUAGAUUCGAACCGAUGAAUCAAAAAAAAAGAAAAGAAAAGAACUUGAUACGCUUUCAUUUUACAAAGGAUGCCUGUGACAAAUUUAAAAUAAGAUAUGUUAAGUUUCUCUUUACUUUUAACGAACGGCGGCAAGGGUGUUCGCAUGCACAUUGGCUCAAGACGGCGUGGGCACCAAAACGCUUCGGUUACUACGUGAACCUCUAAUGAAAUCUAAUGAAGCCAAUUGAAGAACCUUUAAGAAUGAGCUUCGAACGCUUUUUUCGAAAAACUUUUUUUUUCUUGUGUUCCUAAUUACGUAACUAUUCCAAAAAUAGAAUCUUUAUAGAUCAUCUAAAAAAAUUUCGGAAAAUACUUGUCCAUAUGUUAAUAUAUAAAUAAUUACUCCUAUUUUCUAAUUAUUGUCAUUAGGUUUUCCUUAUCUUUAUAUAAAAAAAAUCAAAGGUUGGACGAAAUAUUAAAAGUAAUCAUUAAAAAUACUUUCUUGACAGAGUAUGUGACAUGAAUACUCCAAAAAGGAUCAUAUCAAGAAGCAGACAAGUCCCACCCUUAGAUUUAUUGGCGAGUGGUGACCGCAAGCAAUGCCGUUGCUAGGCUAAGGCUAAAUAUUAACUGUGUUGACUUAUGAGCAUUGUGACCUGUUGGAAGAGAGGUGAUAAAAUGUUGUAGAAAGACAGAAAUAAAUAAAAAUAAACCUCU